CAAAACAAAUAAACAGCUGUUCCGUUCCGCAAGAUCAUUCCUUCAAACAUUCUCAAUAAGAUUCCCAUUGAAUCUAAGAUGAACGAGGAAAUCGAUGAGAGCGAAUUCUACCAUCAGGAUUUCACCACCGCUUCCAAAUGGGAGUUGUUCAUUGCCAGGAUCGAGGAGAUAAUCCACGAUUGGAAAUCGACAAGCACAAAAGAUGGACGCAAAUUACUGCGGCUCGGAAGUUUUGAGAGUCAGUGCGAGAUCUUACCGUUUGCUGAUGUCGAUUUCUCCUUGACUUAUUACAAGAAGGAUGGUGUGUGCGAAGAUGAGCAGAAACCGAAGAAUCCUAUCGAGAAUGGUUUCGAUUUCGAACUGGAUGAAGGUGUCAACAGUCAUGGUGAUUACUGUUUGUCGUUGUGGUAUGGAUUGGAAGAGUACAUAGUGCUGAGUCCUUUGAAUAGUAACUCGCUGGUGUCGGAGAGUGAGAUCAAAAUACUGCUGAGCUCUCUGAAUGCGGUUGUUGGGAAUGUCAACUGCGAUCUGCCUCUGUUCGUGCAGAUCAGGGAGAAGUGGCAGAGGUGUUAUUUGGGAGUGUUCGAGGGGAACGGAACGAGGACCAAUUUCGAGAUGGUGCAUCUGAGGAAGGGACCGCAGCACUGUCAGUAUUUGACAGGACUCGUGGAUCUGUUUAAAACAAAACUGAUGUCUCCGUUGCCACUUGAUCCGAUAAUAGUGUCAGUGCAGACGACGUAUCAACUGACGGACUUCGGGAAUUACGUUUGGAGACAGGACAUCACCGACAACGAGAUCGAAAACUGCACCAACUCAAUCUUGAUGUUACCGUUGGGCGUCACAGUUGAUCCUAUUGCUAGUAUAAACCUGAAAGCCACUUGGAACGAUGUCCCGGAGAUGAUGAUUGUCGACUCGGAGAACUACAGCAACUUCGAUCCAACGCAAGCGGAGAAAUGGUCGGUCUCGGUGGACAUCACAGAUCAACCAAUCUGUUUGCUCAGCGAUUGCUUGACGGACUUUCUGCACGUUCUGGGCAACGCGAGCACAAUCUACGAUUGCCUAGGCGAUUACGCGCAACCACCCGAAACCUCGAACCCUCUGGAUCUGUUGACCGAACCCAAAGUGCCUACAAUCAGCAGCGUUUUGAAGAGGGCUGCAAGGAAUUCCAGCAGGAAGACUCGCAAAGGUGUCGCUCCGCUCUCUGAAGAAGUCCUUGUACCGAUGCUGUAUUUCCUCUUCCCUGAUGCCGAGGAGGACAGCCACAACGUUUAUUCAGAUCCUCUUAAGAAAGACGAAGGAAAUAACGAAUACGAUGUGGCUUCAAAGUACGAGGACAUGUUUAAAGGAUUCAAGACGUGCAGAAUGGAUUCUUUGGUCUGGAGGUUGAGCAUCGUCUUAUCCCAAGCUCUGCAUUCUCUCGGUGCAAACAGAGCGUUCGCUCACAUUUGGUUCGAAUUUGUCCAAGAGAUGCGGUACAGAUGGGAGAAGAGCAUCAUGAUUCCAGGGUAAGAAUACAAUUUAUAGCAUUCU